AGGCCAUUUCAAUCGAAUAUCUCAUGGUCUGCAAGGAGUUUCUGCAGUGCCACUGAGAACUUAUGCAGAUUAACCAAUUGAUGCUGAUGUAACAGUGAUAGGUUCUGGUCCUGGAGGAUAUGUUGCUGCUAUUAAAGCUGCCCAGUUAGGCUUCAAGGUAGUCUGCGUUGAGAAAAAUGAAACACUCGGUGGAACAUGUUUGAACGUUGGUUGUAUUCCUUCUAAGGCUUUAUUGAAUAACUCUCAUUGUUACCAUAUGGCCCAUGGAAAAGAUUUUGCAUUUAGAGGAAUUGAAAUGUCUGAAGUUCGCUUGAAUUUAGAGAAGAUGAUGGAGCAGAAGAGUAAUGCAGUAAAAGCUUUAACGGGUAGAAUUGCCCACUUAUUCAAACAGAAUAAGGUUGCUCAUGUAAAUGGAUAUGGAAAGAUAACUGGGAAAAAUCAGGUCACCGCUAUGAAAGCCGAUGGCAGCACUCAAGUUAUUGAUACAAAGAACAUUCUUAUAGCCACAGGUUCAAAAGUCACUCCUUUUCCUGGAAUUACGAUUGAUGAAGAUACAGUAGUGUCAUCUACAGGUGCUUUGUCUUUAAAAAAAGUUCCAGAAAAGAUGGUUGUCAUUGGUGCAGGAGUAAUAGGUGUAGAAUUGGGCUCAGUUUGGCAAAGACUUGGUGCAGACGUGACAGCAGUUGAGUUUUGGGGUCAUGUUGGUGGAAUUGGAAUUGAUAUGGAGAUAUCAAACUUUCAACGCAUCCUUCAAAAGCAAGAAUUUAAAUUUAAAUUGAAUACCAAAUUUACUGGUGCUACUAAGAAGUCAGAUGGAAAAAUUGAUGUUUCUAUUGAAGCUGCUUCUGGUGAUAAAGCUGAAGUUAUCACUUGUGAUGUACUCCUGGUUUGCAUUGGUUGACGACCCUUUACUAAGAAUUUGGGACUAGAGGAGCUUGGAAUUGAGCUGGAUCCUAGAGGUAGAAUUCUAGUAAAUACCAGAUUCCAAACUAAAAUUCCAAAUAUCUAUGCAAUCGGCGAUGUGGUUGCUGGUCCAAUGCUGGCUCACAAAGCAGAGGAUGAAGGCUUUAUCUGUGUAGAAGGGAUGGCUGGUGGCGCUGUGCGCAUUGACUACAAUUGUGUACCAUCGGUGAUUUACACACACCCUGAAGUUGCUUGGGUUGGCAAAGCAGAAGAGCAGUUGAAAGAAGAGGGUAUUGAGUACAAAGUUGGGAAAUUCCCAUUUGCUGCUAACAGCAGAGCUAAGACAAACGCUGACACAGAUGGUAUGGUGAAGAUACUUGGGCAGAAAUCAACAGACAGAGUAUUGGGAGCACAUAUUCUAGGACCAGGUGCUGGUGAAAUGAUAAAUGGAGCUGCUCUUGCACUGGAAUAUGGAGCAUCCUGUGAAGAUAUAGCUAGAGUCUGUCAUGCACAUCCGACCUUAUCAGAAGCUUUUAGAGAAGCAAACCUGCCUGCAUCAUUUGGCAAAUUGAUCAACUUUUAAAUUAGAAGAUUAUAUUUUUCUGAAAUUUCCUGGGAGCUUUUA